AUGCGUCUGACGUAUGUAUCUCCUGCAGCCCCCAGUCACAGCUCUCUCCAGGUAGUCCACCGCAACGGUCCCUGCGCGGCCAAGCUUGCCAGCAAACCCAGGCACCUUCAAGCUCUCUCCCAGGAUUCCCUGCGAGUCGCUUCACUGCAGGAAAUAGUUACCGGCGUCUCCCGUGGUAACGAUACACUGCUCCUGGGAAGCCAGGUUUCCAUCCCCGCGAGGAGUGGCCUCUACCUCGGCACCGGCAACUAUGUCGUUACCGUCGGUUUCGGCACUCCGAGGAGGACCCAGACCGUCAUUUUCGAUACCGGCAGCGACGUGAACUGGAUCCAAUGCAGGCCCUGCGUCGUGUCCUGUUACCGACAGAAGGAGCCCUUGUUUAACCCCAGGCUCUCCUCCACCUACCGUAAUGUCACCUGCACGGCGUCUGCUUGCCUCGGGCUUACCCCCAGACGUUGCUCGGGCACCACCUGCGUCUACGAGGUGGCCUACGGCGACGGAUCCUUCACCGUUGGAUUCCUUGCCACGGAUACCUUCACGUUGACAUCCAGCAACGUGUUCAAGAACUUCAUAUUUGGGUGUGGCCAAAACAACCAGGGGCUGUUUAGGGGGGAAGCCGGGCUUAUCGGGCUCGGACGCAGCCGUUACUCGCUUAAUUCGCAGGUGGCCAGCAGGCACGGCAACAUCUUCUCCUAUUGUCUCCCUUCCACGAGCAGCUCUACUGGCUUCCUAAACAUCGGCAAACCAUUGGCGAGCGCAGUGCGGUAUACGCCCUUGCUGACAGAUUCACGCGCGCCAGCCUUCUACUUCAUUGACCUUAUUGGAAUAACAGUCGGAGGAACGAAGCUGCCGGUGUCGGUGACCGUCUUCCGAUCUGUCGGUACGAUUAUAGAUUCUGGGACGGUGAUCACCCGCCUGCCACCUGCGGCGUACAGCGCACUUCGGACGGCCUUCCGCGCCGCCAUGACGCGGUAUGCACUGGCUUCGGCGGUCAGCAUACUAGACACCUGCUAUGACUUCAGUAAGGUGGCAACCGUGACAUAUCCGGUGAUCAAGCUCCUGUACUCCGGUCUCGAAGUCACGCUCCCGGCUACAGGGGUGUUCUACGUGAUCAGCUCCGCACAGGUCUGCCUGGCGUUCGCCGGGAACUCGGACUCUACCCAGAUUGGGAUCAUCGGCAACGUUCAGCAGAAGACAUUCGAGGUGACCCAUGAUAAUAUUGCGAAAAGGAUCGGGUUCUCCGAAGGGGCGUGCAGCUAG